AUGAAGAUAACACGUAAAAAAAAAAAUGGUCGUGAGUUUUCCAUUACUAUAUAUGAAGGUUCAAUCUUAAAAGCUAGUCAUAAAAGUAAGUCAAUCGUAACCAUUCAGGUACUCAAGAUGUUCAGUAUGCGUGGUCAUAACUGGUUAAUUCCAUUAUCGGUUACAUUGUAUGCAUUGUUUCUAAUUGUUCUACCUUUCCAAAAUAUUUCCAAAUCUUCUCAUGUUUUUGCCAAAGCGGAUGACGUUGAAUCUUAUGGAACCGUUAUUGGUAUCGAUUUAGGUACCACUUACUCCUGUGUUGCCGUUAUGAAGAACGGUAAAACAGAAAUUCUGGCUAAUGAACAAGGUAACAGAAUUACACCUUCAUACGUUGCCUUUACCGAUGAAGAAAGAUUAAUUGGUGAUGCGGCUAAAAAUCAAAUUGCAUCAAAUCCAAAGAAUACUAUUUUUGAUAUCAAAAGAUUAAUUGGUUUAAAAUACGAAGAUAGGUCUGUACAAAGAGAUAUCAAGCAUUUGCCUUUCAAUGUUGUUAGCAAUGAUGGUAAGCCAGCUGUCGAAGUUCAAGUUAAAGGUGAGAAAAAAAUGUUCACUCCAGAAGAAAUUUCUGGUAUGAUUUUAGGAAAGAUGAAACAAAUUGCUGAAGAUUAUUUGGGUCAAAAAGUUACACAUGCUGUUGUCACUGUACCAGCAUACUUCAAUGAUGCCCAAAGACAAGCUACGAAAGAUGCAGGUACAAUCGCCGGUUUGAAUGUUUUAAGAAUUGUCAACGAGCCAACUGCCGCUGCCAUUGCCUACGGUUUAGAUAAGUCCGACAAGGAACAUCAAAUUAUUGUGUAUGAUUUGGGUGGUGGUACUUUUGAUGUCUCCCUUUUAUCUAUUGAAAACGGUGUCUUCGAAGUACAAGCUACUUCUGGUGAUACUCAUUUGGGUGGUGAAGAUUUUGAUUAUAAGAUUGUUCGUCAAUUGAUUAAAGCUUUCAAAAAGAAGCACGGUAUUGAUGUAAGUGACAACGAUAAAGCAUUAGCAAAAUUGAAGAGAGAAGCUGAGAAGGCUAAACGUGCCUUAUCCAGCCAAAUGUCUACUCGUAUUGAAAUUGAUUCUUUCGUUGAUGGCAUUGACUUGAGUGAAACAUUAACCAGAGCUAAAUUUGAAGAAUUGAACUUAGACCUAUUCAAGAGAACUUUAAAACCUGUUGAAAAGGUAUUGGAGGAUGCUGGUCUUGAAAAAAAUGCUAUAGAUGACAUUGUUUUAGUCGGUGGUUCUACUAGAAUUCCAAAAGUCCAACAAUUAUUGGAAUCAUUCUUUGAUGGUAAGAAAGCUUCAAAAGGUAUUAACCCUGAUGAAGCCGUUGCAUAUGGUGCCGCUGUUCAAGCUGGUGUCUUAUCCGGUGAAGAAGGUGUUGAAGAUAUUGUCUUAUUAGAUGUCAAUGCUUUAACUUUAGGUAUUGAAACAACUGGCGGUGUCAUGACCCCAUUAAUUAAAAGAAAUACUGCUAUUCCAACCAAGAAAUCACAAAUAUUCUCCACGGCGGUUGACAAUCAACCAACCGUUAUGAUCCAAGUCUUUGAAGGUGAAAGAGCCAUGUCUAAGGACAAUAAUCUGCUAGGCAAGUUUGAACUUACUGGUAUUCCACCAGCUCCAAGAGGGAUUCCACAGAUUGAAGUUACAUUUGCGUUGGAUGCUAAUGGUAUUCUGAAGGUUUCUGCUACUGAUAAAGGUACGGGCAAAUCAGAAUCCAUUACGAUUACAAAUGACAAAGGUAGAUUGAGCCAAGACGAUAUUGAUAGAAUGGUUGAAGAAGCUGAAAAGUACGCAUCUGAAGAUGCUGCUUUCAAAAACAAAAUUGAAGCCAGAAAUAAAUUAGAAAACUACGCACACUCCAUCAAGAACCAAGUAAACGGUGAUUUAAGUGAUAAAUUAGAGGAAGAAGACAAAGAAGCUUUGUCCGAUGCUGCUAAUGAUACAUUAGAGUGGUUAGAAGAUAACUUUGACUCUGCUAUGGCUGAAGAUUUCGAAGAAAAGUUUGACGCUUUGUCUAAGGUCGCUUAUCCUAUCACUUCCAAGUUAUAUGGCAGCCCAGAAGGUGCUUCGGAAGGUUUCGAUUAUGAAGACGACGAAGACGAUGAUGGUGACUACUUCGAACAUGACGAAUUGUAG